AAAUAAGCAGCAAGAUGAAAUACUACGCAAUUCAGCAAGAGCUGAGCCCUGAAGAAAUUGCCCAGAAGCUGAGUGUGGCUGAGGAGAUGCUGAGGGAGAUCAAACGCCGCAAGCCUUUCACUAAUCAGAGGCAACUUGCAGACAAGGAGGAAAAUGCAGCGGAGGAGUUGCUACAGCAAGUUGAAGAGUUUCACGAGAAGUACAAUGACACCAGAUCUCUCGUCUCUGAUGUGCUGGAGCAGCUCAGCAAACAGGAUUUGAAGCUGUCAGACCUGGAGGAGGCAUUAGACCAGGCGCUUGACUAUGUUAUACAAACAGAGGAUAUAAAUAAGGAAAACACAGCCAAUCUUCAAAAGAGCGAGAAAGAACAUGAGAAAAUAAAAGAGCAAAUAGAUGAAGUGAACAGCAUUCUGCUAAGUGCCACAACUAUUUUGGCAGGACCACAAAAGGUCAGCUCUGAAUUAAGUGAGGUAAUAAAGAAUGUGUCAGGGUUCUACGCAGAAAUAGAUGGAGCGAAAAAGGAGUUGCAAGAAAAGCUAGCCAAUCUGUCUCUGUUUGAUGAUGAUUUGGUAGAAAAGGCUAUGCAUCAUGCACACAACCUAAGAAGACUUGCUGAUGAGCUGGACUGGAAUUUGCAUGGUGUUGAUACAAAUGGGUUGGUACAAAGGGCAGUAAAUGCUUCAAAUGUGUAUGAAAACAUUGCCAGUUAUAUUGAAGAAGCUAAUGAAGCUGCAUUGCUGGCACUGAACACAACAAACCGGGUCAAUGACGCUGCUGUUGGAAUCGAUACUCAGAUCAUUUACCACAAACGUAAAAGCAAAGAACUACUCAACCGAGCCAUGGAGCUACAACAGACAGCAGAAUACAGUAAUGAUUUAAACAUUGCAGACACUAGCCAGCAUGUUAAUGGCACUCUUGCCAGAUUGAAUGCUCUGCGAAGCCAGCUGAUGAAAGCCAUCACAAAAAUGCAAUCAGCAGAGCCAGUGGAGGCCAGACAGCGUUUGGAGGAAGCUAAACUGAAGACUGCAGAGGCUGUAAGUGAUACCAUGACAGUAACACAGGCUACGACCCCCAUGGAUGAGAACGUGAGGCUGUGGUCUCAGAACCUGCAAGACUUCCAGCACAAUUCAGCGGCGUAUGACAGUGCUGUGCAUUCAGCUGGGGAUGCAGUGAAGAAACUUACAGAAGUCUUCCCGCAACUCCUGGACAAACUGCGCAGAGUUGAACAGAAGGCACCAGAAAACAAUAUUUCUUCCAGCAUUCACAGGAUCAGAGAGUUAAUUGCUCAAACCAGGAGUGUAGCAAGCAAGGUCCAAGUUUCUAUGAUGUUUGGAGGCCAAUCAGCUGUUGAAGUCAAUCCAAAGAUCAACGUGGAGGAACUGAAAUCUUUCACUUCCAUGAGCUUGUAUAUAAAGCUUCAGAAAGACAACCCGCAACUGGCAGCAUCUCCAGACAGAUUUAUUUUGUACCUCGGAAACAAAAAUGCAAAAAAUUACAUUGGUCUUGCAAUUAAAAAUGACAACCUUGUGUACAUUUAUAAUCUGGGAGGCCAAGAUGUGGAGAUACCUCUGGACGCCAAGCCAGUCAGCACCUGGCCUUCUUAUUUCAGCAUCAUCAAAAUAGAGAGGAUUGGAAGACAUGGCAAAAUGUUUUUAACUGUGCCAAGCCUUAGCAGCACAGCUGAUGAGAAGUUCAUCAAAAAGGGAGAAGUUCUCGGUCCUGGCUCUCUCCUGAAUUUGGAACCUGAAAAUACUGUUUUCUACGUUGGCGGAGUCCCGCCAGGCUUCAAGCUCCCUCCUAGCUUAAACUUACCUGGCUUCCUCGGCUGCCUGGAACUGGCGACCCUGAACGACGACGUGAUCAGCCUGUACAACUUCAAGCACGUCUAUAACAUCGACACCGCCACAUCGCCACCUUGUGCCAGAAAUAAGUUGGCUUUCACUCAGAGCCGGGCUGUGAGCUAUUUCUUUGAUGGCUCUGGCUAUGCCUUGGCAAGAAACAUUGAGAGAAGGGGAAGAUUCAGCCAGGUGACUCGGUUUGACAUAGAAGUUCGAACACCUACAGACAACGGAUUGAUCCUGUUGAUGAUUAAUGGGAGUAUGUUCUUCAGCCUUGAGAUGCACAAUGGUUUCUUGUACCUCCGCUAUGACUUUGGCUUCAGCACCGGCCCUGUGCUGCUAGAGGACUCGAUGAAGAAGGCUCAGAUUAACGAUGCUAAAUUUCAUGAGAUUUCUAUUAUAUAUCACAAUUCAAAGAAGAUGAUCUUGGUAGUAGACAGACGACAUAUAAAAAGUGUGGACAAUGAAAGAACAGCAAUGCCAUUCACAGACAUCUACAUUGGAGGAGCACCUGCUGAGAUCUUGCACUCCAGCAUUAGUUCACAUCUGGCAGGAAGUAUUGGCUUUAAAGGCUGUAUGAAGGGUUUCCAGUUCCAAAAGAAGGAUUUCAACUUGUUAGAAGAACCAGGAACUCUGGGAAUCAGCUAUGGGUGCCCAGAGGAUUCACUGAUGUCCCGCAAAGCGUAUUUCAAUGGAGAGAGUUUCAUUGCAUCAAGCCAAAAAGUGUCCCUCUUCAGUGAAUUUGAAGGAGGCUUUAAUUUCCGGACAUUGCAGCCCAACGGGCUGCUGUUCUACUAUUCUGAAGGGUCAGAUGUAUUAUCCAUCUCUAUGGACAGAGGUGCUGUGGUUUUAAAUGCAAGUGGAACCAAAAUUCAAUCACCAGACCGAAAUUACAACGAUGGAAAAACACACUUUGUCAUUACUUCUGUCACCCCAGAAAGAUACGAGCUGACUGUUGAUGACAACAAACAAAGCAAGAAGAAUCCAGCCAAGGACAGUGCUGGGAAAAGUCCGGACAGCGUAAAGAAGUUUUAUUUUGGCGGCUCUCCCCUCAGAACGCAGCAAGCCAACUUCACUGGCUGCAUAAGCAACGCUUACUUCACUAGGUUGGAUCAAGAGGUUGAAGUGGAAGAUUUCCAGCAGUACCCUGAGAAAGUUCAGACUUCUUUGUAUGGAUGCCCUGUUGAAUCUCCUCCAGUUCCUCUUCUCCAUAAGAAAGGAAAGAACUCAUCAAAAGCCGAAGGAAACCGUAAUAAAAAGGCGGGAAGAGAUAAAGACAAGAUUUCACAGCCUUCAGCUGGCCUCAAAAAAUUGUAUCAAGAAGCGAAUAUGCAAAGAGACCCUCAGUGUCACUUGCCCAUGAAUCCCAAGGCAACUGAACAUGCUUAUCAGUUUGGAGGAACAGCAAACAGCCGGCAAGAAUUUGAUCACAUACCAGAGGAUUUCAGUGAAAGAGCUCAGUUCUCUAUCAAUCUGAAAACUCAUUCAUCUGAUGGAAUGAUUUUCUACAUCUCGGAUCAAAAAGAGACCAACUUCAUGGCCCUUUUCGUUGCUCAUGGUCAACUCAUUUUUAUGUUUAAUGCUGGUCAUCAGAAGAUAAGGAUUAAGAGCCAAGAAAAAUACAAUGAUGGCCUUUGGCACAACGUGAUAUUUAUUAGAGGCAAAAAUAUUGGUCGCUUGACAAUUGAUGGUCUCCGAGUACUGGAAGAACCUUUCAGCGGUAAUGCUGAUACUUGGCAAGUCACGAAACCGCUCUACAUUGGGGGUGUAGCUCCAGGAAAAGCUGUAAAAAAUAUCCAG